AAUGAGUGAUUGGCAACUGUUGAGCCGCCUGCUGGAUAAAGUGCAGAGCAACUCCACAGUGAUCGGGAAAGUCUGGCUCACUGUGCUGUUUGUCUUCCGCAUCAUGGUCCUGCACACCGGUGCUGAGAGGGUGUGGGGAGAUGAGCAGUCUGAUUUUGUCUGCAACACUCAGCAGCCCGGAUGUGAGAAUGUCUGCUACGACCUCGCCUUCCCCAUCUCCCACGUACGCUUUUGGGUUCUUCAGAUACUCGCUAUAGCAACUCCAAAGCUGCUGUACCUCGGUCACGUCCUUCAUGUGAUCCACGCUGAGAAGAAGAUGAAGGAGAGGAUGAGGAAGCAUGCAGAGUUGGAAGGCCAAGCUGCUCUGUUCCUCAGAAAGACCUACAAAGUUCCCAAGUACACUAAAAGCAAUGGCACGAUCAGCAUCCGUGGCCGACUCCUUUGCAGUUACGUCAUCCAUCUUGUGGCCAAGAUUUUGCUGGAAGCUUUGUUCAUCGUGGGCCAGUACUUUCUUUACGGUUUCACUCUGGAGAGUCGCUACAUCUGUGCCCGCUCCCCCUGCCCUCACAAGGUGGACUGCUUCCUGUCCAGGCCCACGGAGAAGUCGGUCAUCAUCUGGUUCAUGCUGGUGACAGCAGUUGUCUCCCUCGUCCUCUGCAUGGUUGAGCUGCUCUAUCUGUGCGUGAAAGCUGUGAAGGAGUGCCUGGCGAGGAGGCAGGACUACACCGUGACCCCUGUGACACCUCCAGCUUCAGAAAAUAAAGGUUUUAAAAGCCGGGACGAGAUGCGCCAGAACUGUGUCAACCUGGACCUGGAGAUGCAAGGGCGAAAGUUAGGGGUGAGAGGGAUGACGGGAGGGGUUAGCGAGGUUGCUAAAAAUAUAUCAUCUGGGAACAACAACGUAGGGGAGAUCCACAUCUGAAGCAUGAGGGCAAUGGUAGGUUGUACGUGUCCUUUUUUAGUGGUUUCCAGUAUUUGUGUGCUUUGGCUUUGGGGAGAAUGGGGGAGGGGGAGCAGUAAAGGAAGAAGCAGGGAGCAGCUUCUGCAAACAAAACUCAUUCACAUGUAAAAUGUUGCCUAAACUGACUAACUUCAAGAGAGCAGCGUGACAUAUUGUUAUAAGAAGAAAGGUUUUCUUGAAAUUCACAGACUUAAUCAUUUUAAUACACUGUAAAUUAGAUUAGAUUUGUGAUAGAUUUUGUUGAUUUUUGACAUUUUUAUACUAACGUUUUGAUUCUUGAUUUAAUAAGCAUUGUAUUCAGAUUUGACUACAAAGAAAUUCUACUUUUCUUACUGUGUUAGAUUUCACAUUCAAACCUCUGCAUUUUUUUACUAAUAAAGUGAGCCAUUAAUCUACCAUUGUAUAAAUAAAGCUACUAUUUACUAAAUGUAUACAAUGCAA